AUGGAGACGGACAGCUGUUUGUCCUUUAAUGCGCAAAACAGCGGGAGGACACCGACCAACUCUCCUAGCAUGGACCACGUCGGAUCUGGUACCGGUACCUUUCUCCCCUGCAGCGAGCUGCAGAAGCCGUCUCACCUUCCUCCUCUCCCGCACCGCCUCCGCGGGGAUCUUUACGCAGCGGCCAUGGGCAGGUUCGGUGAUGCUGUGGUCGACUUUACGCACGGCUCUUCGCCGGCGAACCCGCCCGGUUCUCCGCCCAAGCACAACAAGUUCAUGGACUCUUUAAACCGGGAGCAAAAGGCGGCGAUUAACGGCAAGGAGGUGUUUUAUGAGAGCAGCUCAGAGGUGAGAGAGAAAGGAGCUCUCAAAACCAUGGGCUAUCCUGGGAUUGGGACAGACUGCUGCGGGAAGCUGAAGGAGGCGGGCGGCAGCCUCCCAGGAGACUCCAUCGCCGACUCCAUCGACUUAUCUGGGAAGAACAAGAAAAGACGCAACCGCACCACCUUCAGCACCUUCCAGCUGGAGGAGCUGGAGAAGGUGUUUCAGAAGACGCAUUACCCAGAUGUGUACGCCCGGGAGCAGCUGGCUCUGAGGACGGAGCUCACUGAGGCUAGGGUUCAGGUCUGGUUCCAGAACCGCAGAGCCAAGUGGAGGAAGCGGGAACGGUAUGGGAAGAUCCAAGAAGUUCGGAACCACUUUGCUGCCUCCUAUGACAUUUCUCUUCUCCCUCGCCAUGAUGCAUACCAGAUGCAGGGCAACCUGUGGCCAGGUGCUGCCUCAGGUGCAGCUAGUGGCUCAGGUGCUGGCUGUGUCCUGGGAGCUGACUCCAUCCCCUCAUCCUGCAUGAGUCCAUAUUCUCACCCCCACAGCAACCUGCAGGGCUUCAUGGGCAUGCCCACAUCGCCCGGCCACCCACACCACCACCACCCGCCUCACCAUCCCAGCAUCAACGGCCUCUACUCGCUCCACGGCUUUCCGGGGAGUCUCGGUCCCCCUUCCAUUGAGGGUCCAGAGGCAGACUACAAACCAACUGGCUUUGUAGCCCUGCGGAUGAAAGCCAAAGAGCCGGGUAGCAUCAUCUCCUGGCCCACAUGACCACCACCGUCUCCACUGCUCAUUAAUGCAUCAUCUGAGCCAAAGCAUUCUGUUUCCAAUAACAGUCCCAGAAAUAUGACUCAAAUGUUUCCUCUGUACAUUUUAUGUAAACCAACUUCACCAGAAAAUCCUGGAUCACCAAACAACUGCACAUAACAUUCCUGUUUCCAACUUUUAGUUUCAUCUCACAGCGCUUAAGACCAAAGAGGAAAACUAUUUAAACAUGUAAAAAAACUAAUUAUCAUAAUAAUCAAUGUUUUAUGUGAUUUACUGUUUGACUAGAAAUAAAGGCUUCAAUGCACA